UGGAUUAUUAUUAGAAAAGGAAAAAGAGAAGAAGAAUGAGGAAAACAUAUAUUUCAUUUGAGUUUGUCUCAAGCUUCGGUUGAAACUUGCAAAGGCGAAAUUAAAUUGUGAAACUGUGUUAUGAUUUUCAGGUGCAGAGUGUGCAGCCAGAUUCUGCCAGCAUUUUGCAAGCUGAGUAAUAACUUCCCCAAGCUUUCCUUCGUAUAUGCGGAUAUUGAUGAAUGCCCAGAAACAACUCAACAUAUUCGUUACACACCCACAUUUCAUUUCUACCGUGAUGGCGAAAGAGUCGAUGAGAUGUUUGGUGCUGGAGAGGAAAGACUUCACGAUCGAUUGUGGUUGCACUCCUGAAUACAUAUGUUUAGCUUAACGUUUGUAAGCAAUUUGAUGUCAAUGAUUUUUACUUUUCCAGACUAUAUACUCUUGGCUUCAAGUCUUGUUAUAAUACACUUGGCUUGUUAUUUUAGGGAUAA